AUGGCUCUCAGAGACAAACUCACACAACGGUCCAAAUCUCCUGGUGCUGUUACUAACACUGUUUCGGCUCCUGGGAGCUUGAACAGCUCAAGUCCCCUUGGAUCAUUGUCGGCCGAGCAGAACACUUCAGGCAGAUCACCAAUUGGAAAGCUUCUAGACAAACUGGUUGUUCAAGAAGAAAAAGAACUAUCUGCAUCGCAAUCAUUCCUCUUCAAUUUUGACUUGAGACCGGUGGAGCGUCGCAGAAGACUAUGGAGUUGGUUCAAUUAUGUGUUCUUUUGGAUUUCUGACUCUUUCAAUAUCAACACAUGGCAGAUUGCAGCCACCGGUAUUCAGGCAGGUUUGAGUUGGUGGACAUGUUGGUUAUCUGUCUGGCUGGGGUACUCACUCACUGGUAUAUUUGUCACCGUCAGUGCUCGUGUUGGUAUUUACUAUCAUAUCUCCUUUCCUGUAAGCUGUAGGAGUUCUUUUGGUGUUUUCGGAUCCAUUUGGCCCGUCUUUAACAGGGUAGUAAUGGCCUGUGUUUGGUACGGUGUGCAAGGUUAUAUUGGCGGAACCACAAUGGCUUUAAUGCUGCGCUCCAUAUUUGGUAAUGACUUGAAUACACGAAUCCCUGAUGGGAUUUCUUCACCAAACGUUACAACGUUUGAAUUUUUGUCCUUCUUUCUGUUUUGGUUAUUCUCUCUUCCAUUUAUUUGGUUGGCCCCUCACACAGUACGUCAUUUGUUUACAGUUAAGUCUUAUGUCGUUCCAGUGGCUGGUAUUGCCUUUUUGAUCUGGUCCAUUAAGAAAGCUGAUGGUAUUGGACCUGUUGUUAAGCAGCCGUCGACUAUCUCGGGGUCAGAGUUUGGGUGGGCAUUUAUUCGUUCAGUAAUGAACUCUCUUGCUAAUUUUGCUACAUUGAUUGUUAAUGCACCAGAUUUUUCCAGGUUUUCCAAAACCAAAGCAUCUGCUAAAUGGGCCCAGUUGUUUUCCAUCCCCCUUUGUUUUUCCAUUACUUCACUGAUCGGCAUCUUGGUUUCAUCUGCUUCAACUAUCAUUUACGGUGAGACCUAUUGGUCACCUAUUGAUGUUUUGGGAAGAUUUUUGGACAACUACACCUCAGGUAACAGAGCUGGUGUAUUCUUCAUUUCAUUUGCUUUUGCUUUGGCGCAAUUGGGAACCAAUAUUUCCGCCAAUUCUUUGAGUGCUGGUACGGACGCUACUGCUUUGCUUCCCAGGUACAUCACCAUUCGUCGUGGUGGAUAUAUUUGUGCUGCAGUUGGUCUAUGUAUAUGUCCAUGGGAAUUGCUUUCUUCCUCGAACAAAUUUACAACAUACCUCUCUGCUUAUUCAGUGUUUUUGUCCGCUAUAUUCGGCGUGCUUUUUGCUGACUACUAUAUUGUGAGAAGAGGAUGGUUAGUCUUGAAUGAUUUGUAUAACGCCGAAAAGACUUCCGCUUAUACUUAUUGGCAUGGUAUUAACUAUAGAGCUUUCGUUGCUUACAUCUGCGGUAUUCUUCCGAACAUUGUCGGAUUUGUUGGUGCUACCGGAGCAGGCUCCGUGCCCCAAGGUGCCAUGUAUGUUUACGAUUUCAACUUUUUUGCAGGAUUUGGAGUAUCGGUUUUCAUCUAUGUUUUGUUAUGCUAUAUACACCCACUUCCUGGUGUACCGUAUGAGAUCAAGAAGGAUUUGUUCAAGAAAGGCUGGUAUGAAGAGUAUGCUGAAGUGGAGAACUUUGAUGUCACUGGAGGAGCUGCGAGUGGGGAAGUUUGGGAAGUGGUGGAAGAACCGAUAGAGUAUUACGAUGAGGAAAAGAAGGUGUAA